GCACCGCCGGCGGGUUCAGGGUCAUGGGGGAGAGUCCGUAGAACCUUUUUCCGCUGGCGCCCUCGCUGCUUGGCUUUGGGAGUCAGUCCGCCGUCUCCGAGGCCGCGGCUGCGGACGGGGGGGCCCGCUCCACGCCUCCGGGGCCCUCUGCCUCCUCCGUUGGUGCGGCCCCGAUGGUGCAGCAGGCCCCGGACUCCUGAAGCCCCGGGAGCGAACUUAAGAAGAUUUUGUUCAUGUGUAUGGCAUAGAAGAUGAAUUCUUCCUCCUCCACCAUGAAUGAAGAACCCGAUGCUCUAUCGGUAGUUAACCAGCUGCGGGAUCUGGCAGCAGAUCCAUUAAAUAGAAGAGCCAUUGUCCAGGAUCAAGGAUGUCUGCCUGGCCUUAUUUUAUUUAUGGACCAUCCCAACCCCCCAGUUGUCCACUCAGCUUUGCUCGCUCUUCGAUACUUGGCAGAAUGCCGUGCUAACCGAGAAAAGAUGAAGGGAGAACUGGGUAUGAUGUUAAGCUUGCAAAACGUUAUACAGAAGACUACAACUCCGGGAGAAACAAAACUGCUGGCCUCUGAAAUCUAUGACAUUCUUCAAUCUUCCAAUAUGGCAGAUGGUGAUAGUUUCAAUGAAAUGAAUUCACGUCGAAGGAAAGCGCAAUUUUUUUUGGGAACUACAAACAAACGUGCCAAAACGGUGGUUUUACAUAUAGAUGGUCUUGAUGAUACGUCUCGGAGAAAUCUAUGUGAAGAAGCUUUGUUAAAAAUUAAAGGUGUCAUUAGCUUUACUUUUCAAAUGGCUGUUCAAAGAUGUGUGGUGCGAAUCCGGUCAGAUUUGAAAGCAGAGGCUUUGGCAUCAGCGAUAGCAUCAACCAAGGUUAUGAAGGCUCAGCAAGUUGUGAAAAGUGAAAGUGGAGAAGAGAUGCUGGUCCCAUUCCAGGAUAUGGUUGUGGAAGUAGAACAGAACACAGAACUGCCCGACUACCUGCCCGAGGAUGAGAGCCCCACGAAGGAGCAGGACAAAGCAGUGUCCCGGGUGGGCUCCCACCCGGAGGGUGGGGCUAGCUGGCUGAGCACAGCUGCAAACUUUCUAUCCAGAUCAUUUUACUGGUGACUUCAAUUUGGGGUGCAAGGACUGUGUGAAUGAACAAGGGGCCAGUUUUCCAUUGUUGUGGUGAACUGUCAAGUGCAAUUUGCAAUAAGUUAUCAUGGAAAAUUUUUAGAUUACAUGAUUGCGUAUGCUGCGUUUUACAUUUUAUUGGACAUUUUGCCCCACUAAGUGGUAAAAAGGACAGAGGCUACAAGGGGAGUUGCUUUGUUUAUGAAGGUAUUUUGGUUUUGUUUUCCUUUGUUUAAUUGCCUCACAUUUUAAAAAAAUGGGUCCACAAUUAAACCAACAUGUUAUAUGUGCAGCUUUACAUUUUAUUUUACAUGAAACACCUUAUUAGGAAAACUCAUUUUCUCCUCAGGUCUCAGUACCUAUCUGAAGAGAAACUAUUAAGCUCAAGUUGUGCAUGAAUUACUGAACAUUUCCCUCUGUUUUUCUUCAUGAAAGAUACUUGUUUUGGUACUCUGUGAGAGUUGAAAAUGUUUCUCAUUACUCCCCUUUUGUGCCUUUUUAAAAUUUUGCCAACCAUGUUUAUAGAAAGGUCAUUACUAAUGACAUUUUGUGAAUUAAAAUGUAUUCAUUUGAAUGUAGCAGUCCCCUAAAAAUACAAUUCUACAAAAACUUUGCAAUCUUGUUAUCAUUUUAAUACGAUUAAUACACAAUCAUUCAAGAAGAGGGAAACGUGUAUAUCAGCAAAGUGCUAUUGAGAUUGAAAGUGACCAAAUGUAGUUUGAUUGCUAUUCUGUUUGGUUUAUAUCAGCUCUUGAGAGUUAACAUCCACCAUAAUACGUAUUGGGAGCAACUGUCAAUGGUCUCUGGGCCUUAUUUUGUGAUUACACACUAUUUCCUGCUAGAAAAACAAAAUAGUAAAGAGCUGACAACUUGAAAAAGAAAACAAAAAUUGGAUGCCUAUAAUGCCGCAGUGCCAUUUGGUAGAGUCUAACCUUAACACAUGAGAUGCUUGGUAGGUGCCUAUUCAGUAGGUAUUUUCUUGUAUUGCCUUUUGUGAAUUUAUUAUGAACUUGCAGUCAUAUUGAAUGAAAAAAAACCUCAAAAAUUAAUGCUUAUAAAGAAAUAAAGCCAGCAUUGGUCCACUUGAUUUUGUUUCUUAUGUCCAGCCAGAAAAAAAAGAACUUCAGUGAAGGUAAGAAAAAUAAAUAUAAAAUAUGUAUACAUAUAUAUUUUUUCUAGAUAAGAGCUAAUUACAUAUAUGUAAUGCUUUAUUGCAUUUCUGAAAUAUUUGGCAACUAAAAUUUUCCUUUUGGAAAUCUAACUAAAUCCAGAUAAAUUUUAAUGCCAAUACGAUUAAAAACUAAUAGGGAGAAAGUGAAAUUCUUCUUCAUCUACAUGUAGAGCUGCUAUUUUAUCGCAUGGAGAAUGUGAAGUGAAAAUUGGACCCUGGAGGGGUUUCUUGCAUUUUCAUUGCUUCUCUUUUAGAGAAAAUUAAAAGCAUCCAGUGUUACUAGAGAAAAAUUAUUAUAAAAUGAUUCACCAACAAGAAUCUUGAACAUUGUGACCUUCUGGAGGGAGGGGUAUUGAGGGUGCUGAGAAAGAUAGUUUUCAGAUGUCUGGGCUCUGAGUCAGGUGACACGCACAAAUGAAAAGAUAAGCUUUCAGGACAUGCAUUGCUUUAAAUGCAUAAUACAACUUGCUGCCAGAACCAGACAUGUUGAAAAAAAUCACCUCCUUUCAAUAGCCAUUAAAACAAAGUUUACUGUUCUGUUUUAACAAGCUUGUGUUUUAUUUUGCAUUGCCACACAUCCGCUUAUUUAAAAAACUACAUCCCUUUGGUAGCAAUGGUUCAAUACAAGUGGUUAUAGCUUGGUGUUCCUGUGUUCUAAUUCUAAGUGUUCUUUUGUUUCCAGGUCUUAUAUAGAGCAGUUAAGGCAACUGUAACAGCAUUUUUGAAAUAUAUUGUAAAAUAAUAAAAGGUAACAAUUAAAAUUGAA